AUGACGAUAAGUAAAUAUCAGAGGACUUUUGCUCCUGAGCCUUUCCCCAAGCUCAAUCAACCUAAGAUCGAUAGACGGCAGCGCAUUUUCAAUAUCAUUCUCAUUGAAUGUGGCAGCAUGAAAGAUCCAGUCAAAGGAAACCACUAG